AUGGAGGCUCUCAAACAGACGUUCAAGCGCUGCAAGGCAGAGAACCGGGCUGCUUUGGUUACCUAUGUCACUUCCGGUUACCCAAAGCCUGAGGAUACGCCUGAUAUAUUAAUAGGAAUGCAAAAUGGGGGUGCUGAUAUCAUUGAACUUGGCGUACCCUUCACAGAUCCCAUCGCAGACGGCCCAACUAUCCAGACAUCGAAUACGGUUGCUCUCGCCAAUGGCGUUACCAUCAAGUCCACCUUAGAUAUGGUUCGGGAGGCCCGAUCCAAAGGAUUGACGGCGCCGGUUCUGUUGAUGGGUUACUAUAACCCCUUACUUAGUUAUGGCGAGGAUGCCCUCUUACGAGACUGUAAGGAGGCGCGUGUAAAUGGCUUCAUCGUUUGCGAUCUGCCUCCCGAAGAAGCAGUUUCUUUCCGAAAACUGUGUAGCAAGGGUGCGUUAUCAUACGUCCCUCUGAUCGCGCCCGCGACGUCCGACACUCGUAUGAAAAUUCUAUGCGCCCUAGCCGAUUCUUUCAUCUACGUCGUCUCGCGCAUGGGGGUGACCGGUGCUCUGGGUACCCUCAAUGCUAACCUGCCGAGCCUUGUCGAGAGAGUCAAGAAGUACAGUGGCGACAAGCCGGCCGCUGUCGGUUUCGGUGUAUCAACGCGCGAACACUUUCAGUCUGUGGCCUCUAUCGCCGACGGUGUAGUUAUAGGUUCGGAGAUUGUCACCACCCUCCGGAAGGCCGAACCUGGGAAUGGUGCUAAGGCCGUCGAAGAAUACUGCGCUUACGUCAGCGGGCGCACGGCACAAGAAACAACGCGGGAGGUAGGAGUCAUUGAAGCCAUUGGUGCCUCUAGGGAGCCUAGCGGCGAGGACGUGACAGUCAAUGGAGUGAUUUCAGAGCAUGACGAUGCUGCUUUAGUCGCCCAACUUGCAGCCCUCCACGGCAAGAUCCCCGAACGGUUUGGCGAAUUUGGCGGUCAAUACGUACCAGAGUCCCUCAUGGACUGUUUGUCCGAGUUGGAGAAUGGCUUCAAUGCCAUCAAGGAUGAUCCCCAAUUCUGGGAGGAGUAUAGAUCUUUCUACCCCUGGAUGGGACGACCAGGCCAGCUCCACAUGGCUGAGCGCCUGACCGAAUAUGCUGGCGGCGCUAACAUCUGGCUGAAGCGAGAAGACCUAAACCAUACCGGAUCUCACAAGAUCAACAAUGCUUUGGGUCAACUUCUACUCGCGAGGCGACUGGGCAAAAAGAAGAUUAUCGCCGAGACUGGUGCUGGACAACAUGGUGUAGCGACGGCUACGGUCUGCGCCAAGUUUGGUAUGGAAUGUACAGUAUUUAUGGGUGCUGAAGAUGUUCGGCGUCAAGCACUCAACGUGUUCCGGAUGCGCUUACUAGGCGCCAAGGUCAUUGCGGUAGAAGCCGGAAGCAAGACGCUACGAGAUGCCGUCAACGAAGCACUCCGGUACUGGGUCGUUCAUCUAGAGGAUACCCACUAUAUCAUCGGGUCCGCUAUCGGUCCUCAUCCCUUCCCGACUAUCGUGAGAACCUUUCAGUCAGUCAUCGGAAACGAGACUAAGGCGCAGAUGCAAGAGAAGCGAGGCAAGUUACCCGAUGCGGUCGUAGCUUGUGUCGGCGGAGGCAGCAACGCCGUCGGCAUGUUCUAUCCCUUUUCCAACGACCCUAGCGUCAAGCUACUAGGCGUCGAGGCCGGUGGAGACGGCAUCAACACCUCACGACACUCGGCUACGUUAACGGGAGGUACUAAGGGCGUGCUGCACGGUGUAAGAACCUAUGUUUUACAAAACGAAUUCGGUCAAAUUUCCGACACCCACUCGGUUUCCGCUGGACUUGACUACCCAGGUGUCGGACCUGAAUUGUCAAAUUGGAAAGACUCCCAGCGGGCCAUGUUUAUCGCGGCCACCGAUGCCGAGGCCUUCAUCGGUUUCAGACUUAUGAGCCAGAUGGAAGGUAUAAUCCCUGCGCUCGAGUCGGCGCACGGCAUAUAUGGCGCUAUUGAGUUGGCUAAGACGAUGAAGAAGGGCGAAGAUAUUGUCAUCUGCCUCAGCGGCAGAGGUGACAAGGACGUUCAGAGCGUGGCCGACGAGUUGCCUAAGCUAGGACCCCAGAUCGGAUGGGAUUUGCGAUUUUAA